UGACGUAGAGCGCCCCGCCCCCACCGCUAGAUCCGCUGCUGCUGCCUCGGCGGGCCGACCUGCAGGAGGCGGCGGCGGCGGCGGCCGAGGCCGAGGGAAGAUGGCGGACGGUGUGGACCACAUAGACAUUUACGCGGAUGUGGGGGAAGAGUUCAACCAGGAAGCGGAAUAUGGUGGGCAUGAUCAGAUAGAUUUGUAUGAUGAUGUCAUCUCUCCAUCUGCAAAUAAUGGCGAUGCCCCAGAAGACCGGGACUACAUGGAUACUCUUCCACCAACUGUUGGUGAUGAUGUGGGUAAAGGGGCAGCACCAAACGUUGUCUAUACUUACACUGGAAAGAGAAUCGCAUUGUAUAUUGGAAAUCUAACAUGGUGGACAACAGAUGAGGACCUAACUGAAGCAGUUCAUUCUUUGGGAGUAAAUGAUAUUUUGGAGAUAAAAUUUUUUGAAAAUCGGGCAAAUGGACAAUCAAAGGGAUUUGCCCUUGUUGGUGUUGGAUCUGAAGCAUCUUCCAAAAAGUUAAUGGAUCUUUUGCCUAAAAGAGAACUUCACGGUCAGAAUCCUGUUGUAACUCCAUGCAAUAAACAGUUCCUGAGUCAGUUUGAAAUGCAAUCCAGGAAAACUACACAAUCAGGACAAAUGUCUGGGGAAGGUAAAGCUGGUCCUCCAGGAGGCGGUUCACGCGCAGCAUUUCCACAAGGUGGUAGAGGACGGGGCCGUUUUCCAGGGGCUGUUCCUGGUGGGGACAGAUUUCCUGGGCCAGCAGGACCAGGAGGGCCACCUCCACCUUUCCCAGGAAAUUUGAUCAAGCAUCUUGUUAAAGGAACUCGGCCUUUGUUCCUGGAAACUAGGAUUCCAUGGCAUAUGGGGCACAGCAUAGAGGAAAUACCCAUUUUUGGCCUAAAAGCUGGACAGACUCCACCACGUCCACCUCUAGGUCCACCUGGCCCACCUGGCCCCCCAGGUCCUCCACCUCCCGGUCAGGUUCUGCCACCUCCUCUAGCAGGACCUCCUAAUCGAGGAGACCGCCCUCCACCACCAGUUCUUUUUCCUGGACAACCUUUUGGGCAGCCUCCGCUGGGUCCACUUCCUCCUGGGCCUCCACCUCCAGUUCCAGGCUACGGCCCCCCUCCAGGUCCACCGCCUCCACAGCAGGGACCACCUCCACCUCCAGGCCCCUUUCCACCUCGACCACCAGGUCCACUAGGGCCUCCCCUUACACUUGCUCCUCCUCCACAUCUUCCGGGACCACCUCCAGGUGCCCCACCACCAGCUCCACAUGUGAAUCCUGCUUUUUUCCCUCCACCAACUAAUAGUGGCAUGCCAACAUCAGAUAGUCGAGGUCCACCGCCAACAGACCCAUAUGGCCGACCUCCACCAUAUGAUAGGGGUGACUAUGGUCCCCCUGGGAGGGAAAUGGAUACUGCAAGAACACCUCUGAGUGAAGCUGAGUUUGAAGAAAUCAUGAAUAGAAAUCGGGCAAUCUCUAGCAGUGCUAUUUCAAGAGCUGUAUCUGAUGCUAGUGCUGGUGAUUAUGGGAGUGCUAUUGAAACAUUGGUAACAGCAAUUUCUCUAAUUAAACAAUCCAAAGUAUCUGCCGACGAUCGCUGCAAAGUUCUUAUUAGCUCUUUGCAAGACUGCCUUCAUGGAAUUGAGUCCAAGUCCUAUGGGUCUGGAUCAAGAAGACGUGAACGAUCAAGAGAAAGGGACCAUAGUAGAUCACGGGAAAAGAGUCGACGUCAUAAAUCUCGGAGUAGAGAUCGCCAUGAUGAUUAUUACAGAGAGAGAAGCAGAGAGCGAGAGAGACACCGGGAUCGCGAUCGGGAUCGUGACCGGGAGCGCGACCGAGAGCGAGAAUACCGUCAUCGUUAGAAGUAAAUAUACCUACAUUUUAAGUGGUCCAAGUACUUGUUCUGAUUUAAUCUUCUGGAAACAUCUGAAAACAGGUAAGCCAUCACAGGUAAAUAAUUUUGACCUUUUCCUCCUUGAAUAUUCAUGAGUUAUCUCUGACUUUUAGAUUUCAGAUUUUCAUAGUCUUAAAGCAAGAAAAAUAAUCAAGAGGACUCAUUAUGUACUUCUAAAUUUGAAAAUUGGGAUUCUUGUAAUCACAUACAUUGUUUGCAUGUGAUUUUAAAAUAUUUAUAAAAUAUUUAUGUGCUUGGAUUUUUAAAAAUAAAAUUUUUAUUCUUCCUUCCUAGAAUUAAUUUAAUUUGUCCCUGAAACCUUUAAAGAAAAUCUAAUACUAUAAUAGGUUACAAUACAAAAAGAUGUUUUUCAGCAGUGAAAGAGGUUUUUUUCCCUUUUAAAAAUCACUUUUAGAUGAGAAUUGCUAGCAUUUGAUAUUAUUUUUAAAGGAACACUAUCUUUUAUUUGCAAAGAAAGCAUAAACUGGAUUUAGGGUUCAUAUCUAAAAACUUAAAAUUGUGCCAAGCCAUACAUCCCAAGUGAGAAAUACUUGGGAAUAAUUUUCUUUGUUUCAUUCAUAAACCAUGAUCAUUGUCUUUUUUUUCUGUAUUUUAAAAUUCCUGUGUACAUUUUUUCAUAAAGUAGAAUGAAUUGUCUGUUUAUGCUUCAUUUUUACAUGUAAUUUUAUUUUCUAUUUGUGAGCAGUGUUUACUCAUGAAGAGUGGGACAAGAGCACUGUGAAUCUUGAAUGUGGCAGGUUAUCAAUUCUGUAAACACAUUGGCAUUAAAGUAGAUUCAAAACAAAGCCUUUAUAAGUAUACUUAGAAGUAAAUUUUACAGAAACUUACUGAAAAUCCAGUCUGAAAAUUGUUAAUAUUUAAAUUGUAAUUGGCUUUAUCGUGUAUAAUUUUGUGACUAGUAGUUUCUUUAAUCAUCACACACAUACACACUCACCCAAGAUCCCUUUUGAAAAAGAAAAAAAAUGUAAGGUAAUUUUUAUGAAAUACAAGUUUCAUAACAGUUUAAGGGCUUUAUGAAGUGAGGAAACCCAUUUUCUACUUUGUCUUACAUCUUGAGUAUUUAUCAAAACCUUUUUACUGGUUAUAUGUUACACUAAAAUUUUAAUUUUUAAAACAUUUCUCUAUUUUAAAAUUACUAGAAUUGGUACUGUUUGGAUAUAAAAAUUGGUUAUUGUAUCAUACAAAUCUAAACUAAAUUUUAAAUGAGGUUUUUUUUUUUUUAUUUCUAGUUAAAGUAUCCCUUAGGGUGGAUUGGGAUCAAGUUAAUACUUGAAAUGUCUAAUUAUCUGUUAUUUGGUAAGGUACCAAGUUUACAAGUUGUAUUUUUAUUUGUUUGUUUAUGUAUUUAUUUUAGACUUUCCAGUUUAUCCACCAUCUUAUAGUUACCAAAGAUAUGAUAGUGAAAUUGGAUACAUAUUCAGUAAUUUAGUGUGUCCAUCAAGGGGCCUCUAAGCCAGUUCAUACGUAGCUUUAAUUAGCAGUUUUUUUUUAAAAACAGGUUUUCAUAAAAUUAAUCUAGUAAACUAAGUAUGCAUUGUUAAUUUUACAUUGAAUUUACACUGCAGUCAAGAGUAAUCACCUAACUAUGUCAUGAUUCGAGUCCCACGUCAUUCAGACAUUAACUACAGUUUCUUAGUAUGCAGUUUUUUGCAAUCAGUGAUGUAUCAUUUCCCAAAUCCCAUGUUUUGUUUGUACAUUAACCAGAAUUGAGAUUGAGUUGUAAUAUUGUUAUGUGCCUUCUUCAUCCAAGCAAAAUUUUACAAGUAUUUACAGUGGGGGAAAGAAAAAAAUAUGUUUUCCUGGAUUAUUGUACCUUUGCCGUACCAAACAGUAUUUAUUGUGGAAGUAGAUGUAAGAGGGUGGGGUGGGCAUAAAUACAUAUAUUGAAGUGCAAAUCUAUUUGCAAAUUUUAUUACCAUUAUAAGGUCUGUUGACCUCUUUAGAAGUUUUUAAAUAUGAGUCCUUUUGAACGUCCUUGUAAAUGGAAUUAGAAGUACUUCACCAAUAAAGUGAAUGUCAGUCUCUGUAUAAGUCGAUGAUGUAACAUACUGUCAAGUGAUGGUGGUGGUGGUAAAGGGCAGGUUCUGGAAGUGUGAUGUUGACAGCUGUUAAUGUCUGUCCCAUCCUAAGUUUUUUUGUGUUUGAACUGUUGAGUAAUGUUAAUUGCAUUCUCAUUUGAAAAAAAUGUAUUAGUUUUUCUAAAAGUUUUCCAUAUCGGAGUUCAAAUAGGUAAUAAUACUUCAAGAAAAAUAACAGCUUUGUAAAUUUCAAUGUAUAAAUGCAUUGUGCUUCAUAUUCUGUAAUUUUUGCCUCUAUUCUCAGACCACUCUGAGCAAAAUAAAAGCUGUAAGGUUUUGUUCUCACAGGAAUAAUGCUACUGUUCAGUCGCAGCCGAGCUCCUUGCCUUGGUUGUGUUGCUCUGACAACUUGUUUAGAAUAGCCCCACUCAGCAGUUUGUGUUCACAACUGAGUUCUGUGUACUGAAGAACAAAGAAAGCACAUUCCUUUUCUAGAUGCUUUUUAUUCAGGGUUUUCUUACUAAUUUAUGAGAUUCUCAUGUUCUCAAAUGAUUACUUUUCCCCCCUAAGAUACUGUAUUUGGAAUCUGGGUUAUAACUCUAAGAGUAUGGGCGUGUGAUUACUUCUACCAUAAAUGUCAUGUACUUGGAUUUAAUUACUGCAUAGGAUCUAGGAUACUUUGUGUUUUUAUCCAGGUUAUUAUAUAUAGCUUGUGUUAAUUUGGGGGAAAGUCCAAAGAAAAUCAUUUCUUUUAUAUUAAGAUGUUCCAUCUUGUUAGGAGUGUUAUGUUGAGGCUUUUAUGAAAAUUAAAUUCUUUUUUAUUGCCUGGUGAAUGAUAACUGUCUGUUAACAAGAUUUCCAGAGUACUUCUGCAAGUCUUAGAUGACGUGUUGCUACCUGCCUAGUGUCCCCGAGUUGCUCUCUUGUGGUUUCCAUAUAUCAGCCGCUCCGCUUCAUCUCGCCAUGCUGGCUCUCGUUUCUUUUCUGAUUUCUCAGAGUUUUAGUAUGUGUAAAAUCUAUCUACUGUUUUUCUUGAUGUGACAAGAGAGGGUAGAAAGUGGCCUCUUGGGUGGAUAUAUAGUCUGUUUUGCUCACUGUGGUUUAAGAAUAUAGUUUUGUUUAUAAAUAAUUGAUGUUCUGUCUUAAAAAAAUUCAGUGCCAGUGUGAGUCACCUGCCCUCACCUCAUCUCAGUGUGAUAUUUUUGCCAUUGUUUAGUUUGUAUAUUGGAUUGUUUGGAAUACAUAAUGUUUUAAAUAAAUUCAGUUAGUAUUGUUUAAAGGAAACCUACUAACCAGUAAGAGUAGAGUAACACAUUCAUGUUCUGUAAAUUUAUGCUUUUGUGUUCUGUAGUUAGCAAGUUCUAACUCUUGACAGUGGGUGAAUUCUAAAUAACAACCAGCUUAUUUUGAAAUAUCCAUAUUUUUUGAGUGACUCUCUUUGGCACAAAGUUUUUUUUCUUUCGUUUUCUUUUUUGUGAUGCAGUAUCUUUCUGUGUAGUCAAUUGCAUAGGAUUCUUCAUUGUGUAUUUUGUACAGUAAUAAAGUGAUUUAGUUGAAAUGGGGUAAGUAUGUUCAGAGAAAAGGGGCUAUGAACUUUUUUUGUUAACAUUAGUAAUAAAUGGAUUUUUUUUAAUGUACUGUGUUUUAGUCAAUAUAAGAAGAAACUCAGGAAGAGUUAAUAUGUUUAGAUGCUUCUAUUGCCUACCUCAUGCCCAUUCUUCAUUAAGGAGAAAUUUUCAGAUAUAGAAAUAUAGAUUUUAUUAAUUUAAAAGCAAUUGCAUUUCUAAAAUUAUGUGAGGAUCCUUCAACACAUUACUAUGAAAACCUGUAAGAGCUGAGUGUGAUAGUGCACACCUGUGACCUUAACACCUAAAGAGACUACUGAUGCAGGAGGAUGCUGUGAGCUUCAGACCAGCCUGGUUUACAUGUGAAGUUUCAUGCUAGCCAGGCCUCUAUACUAAUACCCUGUUUCAGAAAUAAGAGCAAACACUCAACAUAAAAACCUAUGAGAAAUCUUUAUCAAAUAAAUAUUCAAAUGUUUUACUUAAAAAAGAUUAAUUUACCAUGAGUUUUAAAAUAUGAAUAAUACCAAGAUUGCAUAUAUAAUUAACAAACACUCAAUUUGAGUCGCUCAUAAUUGAGAGUUCAUUAUCUCAAAAUAUAGGCAUUUCAGUCUAUUCAAAUUUUACUGCUUGCUUUAGCUUGCAGACUCUAAGGCUAGUUCAUGUAACAGCUGUUUGUGUAGGUUCCUUUUCAUAGCUGACAGGUAAAGCAAGUAACUGUGUGGCUUUGACAUUACAGAUUUGAUCAAAUGCAAUUUUGAACAUACGGGCAUCAAAUGUAUUUGUUACUUUUAAGCUUUUUAAUAUCUUUGUUUAUGUAGAUGUCUACUUAGACAUUCGAGUCUAUCAUAUGGAGUUGGAUUAUUGGAAAUGGGUUGUAUUGCCUUCAAAUUUUGCUUCCGUUUGAGAUUGUAAAAUUUGUGUUUAUGUAAAGUGUUUAGAACUAGAAAUAAAAGUUUCUAAACUAUUCCCUAAAUUUUAUGUCUGUAUGGUAAAAUUUGAAGAUUUAUCAAUUAGUAAAGACCUAUCUAUAAUCUAAUGAAGCAAAAGAUGAGUGCUUUGGUUCUGCAUAAACGUGUGUUUUAUGACCUCACGACAGGAUUUCCUCUAUACAAGUAGUAAGUUUCCAUUGGGGUCAUGGUAAUAUAUAUACCCCGUGGCUUUUUGAAAGAUUGAUAUCACCCUACCCCCUCACCCGGGAAUUGUAACAUUAAGUAAUUUUUCUCUUGGUGACUCAUUCUUCAUCCUUUAUAACAAAACAAAAAUAUUAGGGGAGAUAACAUUUCUUUUUUAGUAGGGUUAUGAAUUUUCCGCAAUCUUUUUUUGUAGAUUAAAAUACCUGCCAUAUCUUUCUCUAAUGUUUUUAAAUGUCACUAAUGCUGGAAGUGUUAGUGUAGGUAAUGGGAUUAGUAUGUUGUGGAGUCCUGAAUUCAGUCUUUAGCAUCAAUCCCAGUAAACAAAGAUAUCUACCAAAAUUUUAACCUGUAAAACUAAAACAUUUGAAAACUGAUGUUGUAGUUUUUUUCUGUUAAAUAAUUCCUCUGUAUAAGCCUAUCAACACAUCAUGAAAGUGAAGGUACAAAGGGUGAUUUCUAGAAUAGUUUAAAUGACUCUUUAAACAAGGUAGUUGAAAGACUCCUUUUGUACUUUUAAGAUUUAAGGUUUUACUAGGGAGGAUGGAUGUGUCUAUACACACUGAUAUUCUUAAGAUUCUCCCAAUAGAGAAAUGAACACAAAAUUCAUAGUUGUUACCAAAAUUCAUCCUAAUUAUAAAACAAAGGAUCUUUCAAAAUUAUUUUUAUGACAGAAUGCCACUAAGUAUUAUGUGCUUUUGAAAAAUAUUAAAAUAUCCCUUAAUAUUUCUAUUUUAAAUAUUUGGUAUAAAAGUGAUCGUUUUUAAAUUAAUGAUUUUUUUUGGACAUUUACUUGACAUUUACAUAAAUAUGUAUUCCUGAACCUAUAGUAUCAAUUUUAUUGUUGGGUUCCCCUCUCCCUCUUUAUGUAAGUUUUCGAUGAGACUCAUCAUUGUAGAUACUCAUUAGUUUGUGUUGGGCUAGUGGAUAUAGGUGAAGUAGAAGAAAGUAAUGUCUUAAAUUGUAUUGUGUCUAAAGAUUUGUAUGUGGAUGUCAUAUCUAAUGACCAUAUUGAGGUAUUUACUUAUAAAUUCUGUAACAUGGAACUCCAUUGGUUUAUAACAAAUUGGCAGAAGUUCGUGUAUGCUGUCAAAUACAGUUAAUUUGUAAAUUUCACUGCAUUUUUAUAUUCAGUUCAGCAUUUGUUAAAUACAUUGAUAUGUGGAUGAAUGAAAAAUAUCUACAUUCAAAUCCAAGCAUUUUCCCAUUUAUUUUGUAGUGUGCAUAUUUUAGACAAUGACUUACGGUUGUUCUCAUCAUCCCAGAAACAGUAGCUGCUGUUUUUUCAUUUGUUACUGUGACUUUGUUCUUUUUAAAAUUACCAUUUUUGCACAAAACAGUGGUCUUCAUAUGAGAAUCACUAAAUUUCAAAGGAAUUAAUACGUAAAGAAUGAAAUAUAAGAAUUUAUUUUGAAUUUAUAAAUUCAAUUUAUAGGAGCAUUUCUCCAUCAUGUAAGCAGCUACUGUUUGAGUUACUUUUUAUUUUGUGUUAGAAUCCCUAACAGUGACUAGUUGCACGACUUGUGUAUGUAUAGCUAAGCCAACAUUUUUUUGUGUAUUCUGGGGAAUAGCAAAAUCUACAUCACAAAUUUUGACACAUUACAGCUGAAGGAAGAGGAACACCUUCCAAGACAAAGCAGUCUUCACGGGGAAAGUGACGCUUGUCCAGCAGUUUGCUUCUUGAUUGAACUGAACCUGUAAGGAUUCAUGGAUAAACUGAACAGGAAUAGAUCUGAAUAAAGCAAAUCUGCAUAAAUGGUAACCAGUAGCUCUACUUUUAUUUUUUAUGUUGCUUAACUGUUUUAUUUGAAGGAAACUGUGUGAUUUAAAAAGUUAAUAGCUUUUGCAACUUUAUUACUGGUUAUAUAUUUGGCCAUUAUAAUGUGCAAGCAAUUGGAAAAAGUCAAGUAAAUGCUUGUUUUUAUAGUAGUUUGUUCUUGUUAAAAUGUUCAUAUGAUAAUGUCUGUAAACAGCACCAAUUUGAUUACAAUAGAUGUAGUGUUGUAAUAAACUGUUUAAUGGGGCUGAUGUGUAAAGCUGUUCAAGUUAUUUGAUGUUUACACCUCAGGGAAAGUCUUGUGUUCAGCAAUAUCUAAAGAUAAUGUUACUAUGACAACAUUUUUACUGUCCUUUAAAAAAGCAUUGCAAUAGCGUGUUUGGAUAUGCAUCAAUCUAAUCUUGCGUUCAGUGAAUUAAACAUGACUAAUUAAGUGUCUAUUGCCCUUGAUUUUGAUAUUAGAAUAGGUGAUUACAUGGGUAUUUAAUAUUUCUAUAUUCUGCUUUUCUAGCUGUUUUUACCUAGUUAGCUUGUGAUUUUGCUGAAUGGUAUGUAAACGUGUAAAAACUGAAAUCUGACAGAGCAAUCCAUUCAAUGUGUUAGGGGUCAAAAAAUUGAAGGUUGUAACAUUUUUGGUAAAAAUUCAUGUAUUUGCUACAGUAGUGCAGCUUAAUUACAACCCAGAUAUACUGAAAUGAAAAUUGUGAACUGCUAGCUUUUAAGAUAGAUUUUGAUAAUUCUGAUUUCAUGCAGUAAUUUACUGUUUCAUGCUGAUGGUGCCAUAGGCAGUGUAAUUAUGGCCACACAGCAAGAUAAAUGAGUAAAGAAAGCCCUAGUAUUGUACUUGAUAAAAAUUUCUGAGGGGUAUGAUGUUUAUUAACAUUGGGUUGUAUUCUUCAGUGUGAAUAAUGAAAAAUUAUAGUUACACUGUCUUCAUGGUUCGAGGAAUUCUGUGUAUAUUCCUGUAACUUUGUUGAUCUAUGCUUGAUUAGAGUUAGUUAUCAGUUGUUUUUUUUUUUUUAAUCCAGCCUUAAUAAAAGGUUGUAUUAAACACACCUGGCUAGCAUGUGUUCUGCAAAAUUAGCAGAAACAAACUGUUAAUUUGAUUGCCUAUUUUUAUAGGAAGAUAAAAAUCUGAAUUCCUAAAGAAUUUUUAGAUAAAGUCCUUAAGCUAAUUUGUGUUAAAUAUGUUUUAAAAGAUCUUAAAGUUUACCUAAAUUUAAGCGCAGUGCCUAAGGCAUGUACCAUAGGUCGAGAGUGUGCAGCUUGAGACAUUUGUACUUUUCUUCUUCAGUUUCAUCCUUUCUGCUUUUAAAAUACUCAAAAAUAUCCAUACCACUGUCAGUUCAUUUUAAAACAUUUUGUGAGCAGAGUAUUUUUUGCAAGGGAUCAUUGGUGUUUACCCAAACUGUUGUUAGCUCUCAGAAAUGAUUUUUCUUAAGUUUUAAUCUUGUUGAAAUGCAAUUACCUUUUGAUUUGAGAGUUGUAUCAAAAUCUAUUUUGUUUUGUAUAUAGGUAUUGUAAGUUUUUGUCAUUUCUUAGCUUUUUUAAUAGUUUAAUUACAAUACCCUAAUGUGAAGCCGUGUGGACAUACAUGUGUUUACAAGGGAGAUUAAGAUUAGUUGAUAGUGAGAUUAAAAGGUAAGUACAAUGCCCAUAGAUAGAACUUCUCUGAACAUUUUUAAAAUGGAAUCAAAAAUACAUAUACUUGAAAUGAAACUGGAGAUUUUGUACUAAUUUUAAUCCUUUAUUACCUUUUUUUCUUUUUUAAAAAUGAGUUGGAACUCUUAUUGCUCUCUGUAUGUCACCCUCUUGCCCAGCUUAUUCUAUUACCUGACUUUGGACGCAGACAGAGUGGACUAGCAUUGUUUGCUGCUGCUAGUCCAUUAUUUUAAGUGUUGUCAGGAAGAAAUAAAAUAACCUUGGUUUGUCUAGUUUUACAGUGUCUCCUCCCUGAUAACACAUGAAUGUCAGCAGUAAAAGUAAACAUUGCAAACCUUGUUUUAUUUGUCAAAGCCUUCUGUUGUUGAGGAGUCAGUUUCAUUUGAAAACUGGUUUUUAAUGUGUAAAAACAAUCCAAAGAGAUAAAAUUUUACAAAGACACCAAAAAAAAAAAAAAAAAAAAGGAGAGAGAGAGAGAUAGAGACAGGCAGACAGACAGGCAGGCAAAUGAACUAAAGAGAAGAAAAAGUCAGAAGAAAAAAGGAACUAGGGAGAGUUUUUAAGAAAUUGUGGUUCAUAUAGUGGCAGUGAAAGCAAGCUUGAGUUUGUCUUGAAUCCUAGCAUUGCCUAGUGCUGUGCAGUCACAUUCCUUGCAACUAGUAGUUAAAAUUCCAGAUGCUUGGUAAAGCGCCCACAUGGUAUUUCUCCUGGAGCAGCACUUUGAAUUCAAUAUACUGCUUUGAGGUAAAGGAAAUACAUUUGUAGAAAGGAUUCUUUCAGUGUACAUUUACAUGUGUGUAUGUUUUGUCAGCUUUCAUCAGCAAGAUGAGCAAGAUUUUAGUGACUUGCUAUAGCUAUUGAUCAUACAUGUUAGGCCAUUUAAUGUCUCCUUAACCUAUAAUCUUAAGCAGUUAACUACAAUUUGGAAUUUACAAAUAGCAUGUAGCUUAAGGUAUUAUUUUGAUUUGAUUCUCCUAUGGAGACUGUUGCUUUAGUUUUUACUAGUUUAAAGUCAGUUCUAAAAAUAAACAUGGAAGUUUUCAUGAACGUUGUAUAAUAUUUUAUAGUAAAGGGGGGAAAUUGUUGAAAAGGGUAAGACUUUCUCUUUCCCUGUGUUGAAAUGUGCCAAUAGCCUAAGUACAUUCUGUUUCAUACAAUGAGAUGCUACUGCAGGACUCCGAUUGGAGUGCUCUUAACAUUUUAGUUUUGCUACCCAAAUGGUCAUUGCAUUGUUUGUAUCUUGCAAGGUGGCCCCAAUAUUGUGUUUUAAGCUUCAGCUUAAGUUAUUUUAAGAGGAAGUUUAUGUUCUGAUUCUUUACUGAGAAUACAGUGUUGAGAUUCUUGCUAUUGCACAGAUAAACUGAUUUUUAAAUUUUAUUCAUGAACUUCAUUUGCAUCCCAUGGGCCUCUGUAAAUGUUUCCCCUGGUUGUGUGUUCUUACUAAAUGCACGCUUUUUCAUUGUACAUACUAGACAUUUUUUUGUGCUAAAAUAUAUUAAGUAGGGUUUUUGUAGCAAAGCAUUCUAUUUUUAUGUUCUUAUAGUGUAUGUGUUAACAUUAAUAUUCAGUUUAAACACUGGUGUAUUUAUUUUUAGCAACUUGACUCCUAGAAGCCUUAGACUAAUUUUUAAAUAAACAUUCAACCAAAAAUUAUGAAUUUCUUGAGAUGUGGCCUUAUAUGUGGUGUUUUCUGUGUUCAUAUCGUGAGAUUUUUUUUUUAAUUUAGAUUUUAUUUAAAUCAAGAUUUAGAAUUAGUUUCAUUUUAAGUCAAAACAGAAAGUGUACCAUGCGUCUAGGCUUCUGGGAGGAAGUUCUUACACUCUUCUUUCUUAGCAUUAGAAGGAAGCAAUAUGAAUUUAUGAUAUUCUCAAUAUCCAGGCCAUUGUAUUAUGUCCAGGUUGCUUUAGCUUGGUUUUAGCCCAAUUUAGGUUGGUUUUAGCCCAAUGUUUCUUUAAAGUUCCAGGUAGUUGGCAUUCACUGAAUAUAUAGCUACUACGGUUUUCAUAUGGGGCGUAUGAACUCUUGGUUACAUGUAGGCAGAUUUUAAAGGCUUCCUGCUACAUUAAUUAUGUUGUAACGGGAGACAUCUAAAAUAUUAGGUAGCAUUGAAUUGAAGUCACACAGGUCUUGAAUGGUAUUCGUGGAUAGUAAAUACUACGAGCAGUUUCCAUAUCAAAGUACCCUAAAACUCCACCAUGGGAGUAAAUCACACUCACUUCAUGAUUGGAUAUACCCUUCAUUUUAGUAAAAGUACUUCAUUUCAAAAGUUUACACUUUACUGUGUAACACUUCUCAGCAUUUCUGUGUGCAAAUUAUUUUAAAAUUCAGUGAUAAUUCAUGGUUUUUUUUUUCAUUUUUUUACUUUGGAAAUUGUAGUACUCAGGUGGUAUUUAAUGAGAAAUGAUCAUUUGAGGUGAAUCAUAAUGCAUUUUGAGGACUGCAACUAUAACAUUUAUGACUUUAGCCUUAAGAAAAGGUCUAUUAUUCCUUCCUUGCAUCCCAUGGUAUAUUAGCAAAUAGUUUACAGCCCAGCACAGCCUUACAAAGUUGUUUUACAAAUUUUUAUGGAAAACCCUUAACAAUUAAAAAAAUUGUAUCAUAUUACAGUACCUAUGAGUUAUGAUCCCCCUCUGUAAAUAAGUUGUCUAAUACCAGAAGGCCAAAGAAAGUCUUGAUUUAGCUAUUGAAUGUGGUGACUUCAUAAGAUUUCUGUGCAAAAGGUAAGGUGAUAUUCCAUUCAAUAGGCAUUCUUUUGAUGUCCAUGAAAACUAGACUUCCAUAUUAGCUUCUUUCAAAAGGCUCAUUCCCAUUUUAUUAAAAUGUUUGUACUUGCAAAUUUGUGUUUAAUGUUUACUUUGUCUUUUCUUUCUUUAGCAUUUAGGUGACUGUUCAGCAGUUUUCUAUAUGGCCAUUGUUGGCCUUAAACUGCGCUAGUAACAAGCAUGGUAUUUAUCUUGUAUGGAAAAUAAAAAAGUUUUCGUAAGA